UCCCGAAUCCGAAGUGUGUGGUUGUCUUAAAAUGACCUGACAAUUCACAUCUAUACAACGUCUGCAUUCAUAUUGACAUAAUAACACAAUAUCCAUUUAUCACAAUUAUUUAGACAGUGCUUUUCUGUUGGGCUGCCGUGCCCAAUGUCCGUGCUAGCGACCAUUGCUUAGCCUGCGCUCGAGUGCGUCGCAGAGCACGAUGCUAGCGGGACAGUAGUUGUCAUGGAGGCACGACCGGCACAAUGACGCACAACACACUGUCCGAACCCCAGCUGUCGGUCCAGGGGGCGGCCCUUCGCAUGGUGGACCUGCCCCUCUCCGUCUACAACUCCCUGGCCCAGGUCCAUCUGAGCACCGGCGCCAAGAAGCUGGUGGCCGCCACAGCCCUAGGAGCCGUCUCCCUCCUCUUCCUCGCCCGCCACUUCCAGCGAAGGAAGCGCCACAAGAAGUCCCAGUCCCAGCAGUGGGAGCAGGCGAGCUUCCAGUUCCCUCCUCCCCUCCUGGUCGAGCAAGACUCCACCAGUCAGCAGAUCACUCUCUCACUCGGCUCCAAGAAGCGCGGUGGGCUUCUCCACCGAGAGCUCCACAGCAGACUGUCCGGCUCGCUGCAGAGCCUUGUCUCGGUUAAGACCCAUGACUCUGGCAGUAGCUGCACGUGCGGCAAUGAGUCCAUCUGCUGGGACAGACCGGCCCAAGAGGACCUCUGCAACGUGGUCAGCAUCCCCGUCACCACGCCGGAGAACCUCUACAUCAUGGGUAUGGAGCUGUUUGAGGAGGCACUGAGGAGCUGGGAGCAGGCCCUCUCCUUCAGGAGCCGGCAGGCCGAGGACGAGGUGAGCUGUGGCUCCAUCCAGACGGCCGCCGCCAUGGCCGCUGCCCCCGCUACCGAGGACACAGUGGAGGAAGCGGUCAGCUCUGAGUUCAUCCAGAAGCUGGAGUGCUUGCUGCAGCGGGCCUACCGCCUCCAGGAGGAGUUUGAGGGGGCUCUGGGGGAGUCUGAACCCCACUCCAAGACCAGCAGCCUGGAGAGACUUGAGGACGUGUAUCUCCUGAACCUGGAGGACGUGGCGCUGAAGGACAGCACGAGCAUCGCCUCCAACGACUCGUUCGUGUCGGCGGCCGAACUGGCCGAGCAGAGGAGUGCCUCCUCCCUGGGCCACCAGCUGUUCUACCUGGAGGCUCUGCAGCUGGCUGAGGACGGCAGCGUCUCCUGUCGGGUGCUGCGGACGGAGCUUCUGGAGUGUCUGGGAGACACCGACUUCUUGGCCAAACUCCAUUGUGUGCGUCAGGCCUGCCAGCUUAUUCUGAGCGACAGGACGACAAGGACCUUUCUAGUGGACACAGGCAAGAAGAUACUGUCUUCGAUCAUUGUCAAAGCGCAGAAGAGCCCAAAGAGAUUUGAGGAAGUGUUUGAGGAGAUGAUUUCCUUCUUGGAGCAUGCAGAGCAUUGGGAGAACACAGAAGUAGAGCUCGCCACUCGUGGGAUCAAGCACUUGAAUUUCUAUGACAUAGUCCUGGACUUUAUCCUCAUGGACUCCUUUGAGGACCUUGAAAAUCCGCCCGUGUCCAUUCAAAAUGUGGUCAACAACCGUUGGCUGAACAGCUCCUUCAAAGAGACAGCGGUGGCGUCUAGCUGUUGGUCUGUGCUGAAGCAGAAGAGACAGCACAUGAAGGUACCCGAUGGAUUCAUCGCCCACUUCUACGCUGUGUGUGAGCAGAUCAGCCCGGCACUGGCUUGGGGCUUUCUAGGUCCCAAGAGCUCCCUGCAUGACUUCUGUCGCUUCUUCAAGGACCAGGUCCUCUCCUUCCUCAAGGACAUCUUCGACCUGGACAAGGUGCGCUACUCCACCGUGGAGAGCCUGGCCGAGGACAUGCUGCUUCUGCUCCACCGUCGCUCCGCUCUGCUUCUGUCCUAUCUGGGCGCCGACGGCCCCCGCAACGCCCGCCCACCGCCGACGGGACCCCACGCCCUCACGGAGGGCCGAGACCAGUGACGUGAAGAAGGGUUUCGUUAUCCGACCUGCCUACUGAACCCAGGGGUCACGUGGCAUUAGGGAGUGGGUACACGCUGUCUACCCUGUACAAGUCUUCAUGCCUCCAUAGAUUUUGUUCUCAAAACACUACAAUGUGAACUUAUUUCAGUACUUUUUCGCUUGUAGGUCAUUUUUAGAUGCUGUCCCAAGUUAUCACGCAUCGUGCAAUUACUGUUUGAGAAGGUGGAUCUGCCUUCGUCAUACACCAGCCUCAACCUUCCAGUGCCAACGCAAUGCAAAAGCAGGCUCGCUUUUGGCCUUUCUAGUCCCGUUCUUUAGUGGGGUAUUGGGGCCAAGUUUUAUGCAUUGAAAACUGACCGUCGGGAAGUCUGUUUUAGAACGUAUCAAUGUUUAAUGUGGAGCUAUGUUACCAGUAUAUAUUGUCGAAGAACUGUUGUAUAGAAAAAGCUGAAUUGUUAACUCACCGACAUUCUAUAGUCUCUCGCAAUAAGGCAAGCCAGAUGCCCCAAAACACUACAUGGAUCCCACUAGUAUAUUUUGUUACAAUGCCUCAUUUUUAACCACAUGCGUGAGCCAAUAGCAAGUCAACAAUUGCUUCAGUGAUGUCCAAGAUAUUUAUUACCCAAAUAGGGUGUAUAUAUAUAUGCACAAUAAACACCGAGUAGUAAAGCUCAGAAACGGAACUUGUGAGUGUCGUUCCUACGGCCAUCAUUGGACAGCAUUAAUGUAUUCCUUAAUGCCUGAUUUGGUACUGUUCUGCAAUGUUCUAUAUGAAAUAACAAACAUUUGAAGUCAAACAAAAUAACUGCCAUCCUAAUGUAAUAAUCAAUGGAAACGAGGCAAGAGUUAACUAAUUAAUUACAAUUUUAUUAGUGGACAUGGCAACAUCAAGUCAAAUAAAAACCAUAAUACAUUCCAUAAUAUACACAGUACAUGAAACCUUGUGUUUACCUCUAAGGCAUGCUCCUGAUUGCUCACUGCC